AUUCAGAACUAGAAAUAGGGUUUAACGCCCUAAUAUAAAAACGUAUUUUGCUACUGCCCCGACUUCAUUUAAUUCCCUUCUCACGGAGCCUCCUUCGCAUCUCGCCGGCAAGCUUAAGACUAAUUUAAGUCUCCAGAUUUAAAAAGAAUCAUCAUCAUGUCAGGUGAAGAAGGUGCUGUUCCUCAGAAUGAGACUCCAGCUGUUGCUGAUGCACCCGCACCCCUCGGUGAGCCAAUGGACUUGAUGACAGCAUUGCAGCUUGUUCUGAGAAAAUCACUUGCUCAUGGUGGGCUUUCUCGAGGGCUUCAUGAAGGGGCCAAAAUGAUUGAGAAGCAUACUGCUCAACUUUGUGUCUUGGCCGAGGAUUGUAACCAACCUGACUAUGUCAAACUUGUUAAGGCACUUUGUGCUGACCACAAAGUGAACUUGCUAUCUGUUCCAAGCGCAAAGACCCUAGGAGAGUGGGCUGGUUUGUGCAAGAUUGAUUCAGAGGGGAAGGCCAGGAAAGUAGUUGGUUGCUCUUGCGUUGUUGUGAAGGAUUUUGGAGAGGACAGUGAAGCUCUUAAUGUUGUCCAACAGCAUAUCAAAGCUAACUAAGUCAUUAUGGAUUUGAUCCUUUUGGAUUUUCCCGGAGUCCUUUAAGGAAAUUGAGUGUAUUUUGUUUUUCUUUAUUGUUGUAGUUGAAACAUCAUCUAUUUGCAGUAUAUCAAAAAAUAUUAUGAUGUUUUUCCCGGUCGCAAUAUUUUCAGCCUCUACUUGGUUAA